UGGGCGGUGCCUGCGCGAGCGGGAAGGAAGGGUCUGUCGAAUUUUUGCCUGCUAGCCUGGGAGACUUGAGGGGUGGCCAUCCCUGAUCUGCCAGCCACGGAGACCACGGCCUCUGCUGCAGGUGGUAAUCCUGUACCUGGCGGCCAUGGGCCGUAUCUCAGGGCUCGUACCCUCUCGCUUCCUGACGCUCCUGGCGCAUCUGGUGGUCGUCAUCACCUUAUUCUGGUCCCGGGACAGCAACAUCCAGGCCUGCCUGCCCCUCACGUUCACCCCCGAGGAGUACGAGAAGCAGGACAUUCAGCUGGUGGCAGCGCUCUCUGUCACUCUAGGCCUCUUUGCCGUGGAGCUGGCCGGUUUCUUCUCAGGAGUUUCCAUGUUCAACAGCACCCAGAGCCUCAUCUCUAUCGGGGCUCAUUGUAGUGCAUCUGUGGCCCUAUCGUUUUUUAUAUUCGAUCGUUGGGAAUGCACCUCAUACUGGUACAUUUUUGUCUUCUGCAGCUCCUGAUGCCAGCACAGUGUCUGGCAUUGUAGAAAGCAAGAGCAUCCAUUUAACAAAUGAAGAACGUGAGGCCCAAGGAAAACCCAUCCACUUCAAGACGUCACACAGAUAGGGAGAGUGGGGCUAGAACCCAGGUCUCCUGGUGUCAGGCCAAGUCCAUUGACUCAAUUCAAGAAGUGUUUAUUGAGCACCUUCUCCCUGCCAGGCUCUGAGCUGGGCAUGUGAUUAUGGAGGGAAAUAAGGAAGAUGGUGGCUUCUUGCUAACCACACUGUUUGGAGGGCAACCUUCACCCCCACCCCACCCCACACACCAAAUAGAGGAGUUUGUAAACCCCAGUGAGUCCCUCAUGCAUGGGGGUUACAGAAUGAGGAUCUGGGACCAAGAGGCCUGCCAGACUCCCAGUUCCAGAAGACUGUUCUGCCUAUGUCUUCUCUGCCCACACUGGGCUCUGGCAUGUGGCUCCCUACUAUCCUCACCCACAGUACUGUGCUCCCAGGGGCCUGAGGCUUGCGCCUGCCCUGCUGGUAGCAAAGGAUCAGGGCUUCAUCAACCCAAACAGGGCUGUCCUCACAGGAGCAGUGGGCACACGGGUCCUACCCAAACCCAUCCACUUCAAACAGGUGCCUAUGAGUCCCCAUUAGCAACCAUUUGCCCACUAAGCUGGAUUCUUUUUUAAAACAUUCCUCACUGAGACCAUAGUUCACUGUCAUUCAUUGUUCAUUUUUCUGCCUUCUUUCUGGUACUGUGCAUGGUACUUGAGCAGGGAGAACUACACAGAUUAAAAAGAUACUACUUUAUGUAUGUAUACAAAAACUUUAAAGAGUUAUCAUUCCACAUGUGAAAAAAGGUUGAUGAACCAAUAAAAAAAGCCCCCAUCAAGACAUUUCUCUGAGCCUCAAUGUUUCCUCAAAUGUAAAAUCAAGACAAUACCUACCUCACAGGAUUGUCAUGAGGGUUGAUUGAUCAUGGGAGGCAUUUACAGUAAUGUUCCUAAGACCACUGCUGUAACAGCAAAAAAAUUGGAAACUACCUAAAAGUUGGUCCUUGAAAAACUAGUUAAAUAAACUGUGGUUAAGACUUCUGGUUAAAUGUGGAAGAUUGGCCAUGA